GGUUUCCCCUAGGAGUUCAAGAUCAUCUUGAACUCAGUGCAGCACUAUGUGUAUUCCGAAUCAUUGAGUAGUUAGUACUGUAAGAUGGCAGACGAUCAAAAUGAUCAAAUUGAUAAAUAUACGAUUGCUAUGACUGUUAUUCGAUUUUUAUUGAAUCUUUUAGCAAGAGCUGGCUUAGCUGGUGUUGUGACUUAUUCAAUUUGGCUUCCGAUAGAACAUUAUCAUUACUGGUUUUCUUGGCAUGUGAUACUUUCCACAUUAGGGUACGUCCCAAUCAUGGCUGAGUCCAUUCUUCUUUUCACUGGAGAUGAUGGCUGGAUUAAACUAGUUAGCACAAGAACUAAAUACAUCGUACAUGGAGUACUUAUAACCUUGGGAACUGUUUGUUUUACGGCAGGAAAUAUUGUGAUUUCGGCAAAUACCAAAACAGAUCAUUUUUCAACAGCUCAUGGCCUAACAGGUCUUAUUUCCAUGAUUCUCUGCCUCUUGUCCCUCUUAAUUGGACUAGCAACAUACUACUCAACCAAACUGAGGAAUAUGAUAAAACCUGUGAAACUUAAAUUUAUUCAUAAUUUAGUUGGUAUAUUAGGAUACAUUAUUGGAAUUGUAAGUCUGUGCUAUGCUUUCUAUACUAGAUGGUGGAUAUUUUAUACUGAAGAGAAGUCGAGAUUAGCAGCUGUAAUUGUUACUAUAAUCACAACACUUUGGACCUUGAACGGAAGUAUUUCUUCUGGUUAUAAUCAAAUAAAAUCAAUAUUCACAUGAAAAAUAA